AUGAACCCACCGGGGCAAGGUGUCUGCACUUCUGAUCUCGUCAAAGCGUCCACCUGGGUUGCCUGGCGUGCGAAAAUUGUUUCACCAAUCACCGAAAGGCGAGGCCCGGCAAAGUUGCUUCCUGUUGCCAUGGGUACUGAUACUAGGCCAAAGCCUGGCUGGUAUACUCGACAUUCUAGAGCCGGUCGGUCUACCAAACAGGUUUCUGAGCCUGCCUGUCCAUAA